AUGUACAAGGCCGUCAUCCUGCCGACGUUACUGUACGGAGCAGAGACCUGGACGGUGUACACGAGACAGGCACGCCGACUGAACCACUUCCACCUCAGUUGUCUCCGCCGCAUCCUGAGGCUGAACUGGCAGGAUCGAAUCCCCGACACGGAAGUACUGGAGCGAACGGGAAUCCUCAGCAUCUACGCCAUACUGAGACAAAUGCAGCUGCGCUGGAGCGGCCACCUGGUUUGCAUGGAUGACGAGCGUCUACCCAAACGACUCUUCUACGGAGACGUCGCGACGGGUUCUCGUCGUCAAGGAGGCCAAAUUCGCCGUUACAAGGAUACUCUGAAGUCCUCCCUGAAGCGCCUGCAAAUCAACCCGACCAACUGGGAAGAGCUCGCUCGCGAUCGUCCGACAUGGAGGAGAACAGUGAAGACGGGCGCUGCUAUCUACGAAGAAAACCGAAUCGCCGCCGCAAAAGCGAAACGCGAAGCCCGCAAAUCACAACUUCGCCCAGUCCGCAACGCCGCCGCAAAACCUCUCCCUACGUGUCCUCGAUGUCAACGGACAUUCCGGGCACGAAUCGGACUUGUCGGACAUCCUCCUCCUUCUCCUCCACUGCCCCAGCGGCGGCCGUUCAGACUGCCGUCUCACACAUCACCAACCCCGACACAAUAACCGCCUCCACCCCCACCUCUCCCGAUUCCAGUGAUGAGGAUCAGGACUUCACCUGCCCUCACUGCGACCGCACCUUCACCUCUCGCAUCGGCCUGGUCGGUCACUUGCGAAUCCAUCGCACAGAGACUGGCGAACCAGUGCCUGGAGCACCAACCCACACCCACCGUAAUCGCCUCCACUGCCCACAAUGCCCUCGCACCUUCACGCAUCGCAUGGGUCUAUUCGGGCACAUGCGCAUCCACGAGAGCGGAAUUGACCGCAGCUUUGACACAUCCACCCCGCCGAGCCCCACUCCCAAUCCACCACCUUGUGCACCCACUAACCACUCCCCAGCCGACAUCGACGCCACCGACCUUACCACGCCUCACUCCUCCCCUUCCUCCUCCUCUUCCUCCAUCACUGCCACAACGACGGCCGCUUCGGCGUCUGUCGCCCACGACUUCACCGCAGCCGAACCUGACACAACAACCGGCACAACCCCUGCAACCUACAUCAUCAGACGUGAGGGCCAGGGCUACAUCUGCCCUCACUGCGAUCGCACCUUCACCUCUCGCAUCGGCCUGGUCGGUCACUUGCGAAUCCAUCGCACAGAGACUGGCGAACCAGUGCCUGGAGCACCAACCUACACCCACCGCACUCGCCUCCACUGCCCACACUGCCCUCGCACCUUCAGGCAUCGCAUGGGUCUAUUCGGCCACAUGCGCAUCCACGACGACCUACGGUAG